GUCAAUUACAACCUGCAACUGGUUGGUAACGGUCGGGCUUUUUUUCACUAGUGCCCGCCAUUGUACGGUAGCUUCCACUGGCUAUAUACAACAUUGGUGCGUAUCAUCACGCAAAACAGUCCCCCGUCGGCAUAUACAGUUGCGCAUCAACGGUCGAUCCAGGCGGAAGUACAAACCGAACCAGUCACUCACUCACAGUCAGUGUACAACGGUCCUCCCUGGCAGGAAGGUUGAUAAACCAGUGUUUGUGCGAUUAAACGAUCGGUGUUUUGUGAAAUAAAUAUAAAACAUAAUCCAACCAAAUUUCGCUUGAUAACAAUAAAUAAUUAACGGGUUUUAAUAAAAGAAAAAAGUUGCAACAAUUCCUACACGUGGUAGCAGCACGCUGAUUCGGCUCAUCGGCUAUUCAUAUUUGUUUGAGCUUAAAGGCCAAAAUGCGGUGUACUUUUAUACAUGGAAAGUGUAAUAAUGAUACACGGUCCAAGGUUAACAGCAUUGUGAAUAAAGUAAGAUCACGAUAGAGUUCUGCGUGCGUGUUGGUGUAGAAAGUGAGCAUUUGAAAGUGGCAUUAGACCGAACGUCGAUCAUACCUGAUAAGUGGAUGGUUGUUGCAUACAGUUUGUUGGUGUGAUAGAUUGCAGUGUACUAAAGUAACCGAAGUGGCAUUAUCGCAACAAAUAAAACAAAAAACUUCAGCAACAUUCAUUACAGAAAAGGCAAUAAAACGCCAUUUGCAAAUGGUGUAAAAGUGUGUUUUUUUAACUCGUAACUGACCUCGCUUUGUUCUAGCUGAGAGAUAUAUUAAGCUUAUGUGGUAAAGCGUAAUUUUGUAACAUACAAAUAGAGUGUGUGUGUGUGUGGUUGACGUUCUAAAACACUUCUCCCUACUGACUACCGCUGACUGGCCGCUAGAGUGACGCCGAGCACAUCACGUUUUUCAAGUCGCGGUACAUCGUGAGUUGUGUUGUCAGAGUGUGAUCAGAUUCCCACUCACCGUGGACGUAUGUGUAUGCGAAUAAUAUGCCCUCGUUCAGUCGCUGUUAAAGCCGACGCAUCAACCCAGAGAGGUUUGUGCAUGUGGGACAGUGGCCGACGGCCGAAGAAGAUUGCGCGCUAGUAGUUGCGUCGAACUGUAGUCGUCGCAACGUCGUGCGUUCUAACGUCAUCACCGAUUAGCUGGACGCAACGCAAACGAACACAGGCUCGUGAGCGGCCAAUAGCUAGAGAGGUUCCCUUGUGACUGUGGUAGCGGAAACUAAUGAAGCAAACGAUUCCAAUGGAUACAAAACCUCGUUUCUAUCAGUCAGAUCCUCGCUCCCAAGCCACUUACCAUCAAACGCAAAUAGAUUAUCCUUCAAAGGAUACUUAAAGAAAUUCGCCAAGAGAAAGUACCACAUCUUUCGCUUCGCUAGACGUAGCCGUAUUUUUUCGUUAAGCCCCUCUGAUCUCAGUGAAUUACUUUCGAUUACCAACGAAUCCUACCCAUCCACCUAUCCAUCGUACGUAUUCCCCGCAAUCCACAUUCCCGGGGAGGGGAAACCGUUUGGAGGUAAUUCGUCGGGAGCGAGCCUAGGUUGAAGCAUGGAAUGGCUGCUGGCGAAUCCGCAGAUCAACAGCACCUUCGGUUCGCUGGGGACGUUCGAGGACGAUGUGUACCACGUCAGCGAGGACUGUCUGGUAACGCUGGAGGAGAUCAUCUGUAAGCUGGCGGUGGAGGAUGCGACCCUGCGAACAUUUCGCCGGGCAAUAGGGUUCGGACAGAACGUUAAGAAUGACAUCGUGCCACUGCUGGUAAACGCGAAGGAUGUGAAGAUCAUCGACACGACGAUACGGUUGCUGGUGAAUUUGACCGUACCGGUCGAAUGUUUGCUCCCGGUUGAUCUCGUGUCGAAAUCGGAGAUCGGCAGACAUACGAUCUUCGAGCUGAACAAGCUGCUUAUCACAAGCAAGGAAGCGUUCGUCGAUUGGAAGACCACCAAGGCGGUGAUCGACCACAUGAAGGGUAUACUUGAGCGGGACACGAAGCUUUCCAUCCAGCAGUGUGACAGUGUUAACAACUGUCUGCUGCUGCUGCGCAAUAUACUGCAUGUGCCCGAGAUGGGAACGGGGGUGGGUACGCAUGCGGGCAGCUUCCCAACGGCGGGCCAUAACACCUCCUUCCAGAACCAAAUCAUCUGGAACCUGUUCACGCAGAGCAUCGACAAGCUGCUGAUCUACCUGAUGUCCUGUCCGCAGCGUGCCUACUGGGGCGUCACGAUGGCGCAACUGGUAGCGCUGAUGUACAAGGAUCAGCACAUCAGCACCCUGCAGAAGCUCCUGAAUCUCUGGUUCGAGUCGACGCUGUCGGAGAGCUCGGAGGACAACGAGAGUAACACGUCACCCCCGAAGCAGUGCAGCGGAGACUCCAGUCCAAUGCUUACGUCCGACCCGACGUCUGACUCGUCCGACAAUGGCAGUGGCAAAAUGCCAUCGUCCAUGAGCAAGGAAUGUUCGUCCGAGGCGCCGCAGGUCACGCGCAUGGUUGCCGACUACCCGACCCAGAUCAUUCUCUCGCGCGCGAUCAAAUCCCACCAGAUGUACCACCAAACGCUGAAGGCGAACGCGACGGACGGGUGUAUCUUGGGCGGGACGACCUGCGGAAGCUGCUGCAAUGGUGGUGGUGGUUGUGGCGCGAGUGGUAAACCCUCCUGCAACGGGUCUGGCGCGCAUCAUCAGCAGCAGCAGCUGUGUGACCACCAGAAAACACCCGCUUCCGAUGGCCAGGAAGUUAGCCGAAACUUUACCAAAAAGUCCAAAGGUGGCGGCAAGAGUUUUGAGUCAUCGAGCAGUAGCGGCUCCUCGGGUAUCUUUUGCAAACAGACCGUGGCGGCUGCAGUUGCUUCCGUUAAAGAUCAAGCAAUGAAGGAUUGUAGUAAGUCUCAUAACGGGCAACAAUCGUGUCAACAGCAGCAGCAGCAGCAACAGCAGCAACAGCAACAACUGCAAUCACCUCCAAAGUCACCAACGUCCCCAUCCCAACAGCAGUCACCGUCGCAACAACAGCAGCAAUCGCAACAACAAACGCAAAAACAAAUACAAGUAUCACUGUCGGAGAAUUCUGACUGUGGUUACGGUACGCAGGUGGAGAAAGAAUCCAUCUCCACCUCAAGCAAUGAGGACGACAGUCCACACCAGAAACCGAUCCAUCAGAAACCACCCUCCAACCAGAAGCAACGUUUCAAUGCGGCCAACAAACAGCGCAAUCCUGUAUCGGUGCAGGAGAAGAAAGAGCUGCGCCGGAAGAAGCUGGUAAAGCGGGGCAAGAGCAACAUCAUUAACAUGAAGGGUCUCAUGCAUCACGUCCCAACCGACGACGAUAUAUCGCACAUCCUGAAAGAGUUCACGGUUGACUUUCUGCUGAAAGGAUACGGCUAUCUAGUGCACGAGCUGCACACGCAAUUACUGUCGGAUCUGCAAGUGCAAAUCGAUACAUCACACUUUUUCUGGCUGGUAACGUACUUCCUGAAGUUUGCCACCCAGCUCGAGCUGGAUCUGGAGCACAUCAACAGUGUCCUUUCGUUCGACAUCAUAAGCUACCUCACGUACGAGGGUGUGAUGCUGUGCGAACAGCUUGAACAGCUUAGCAGAGCUACCGAAACAGACAUAAAGCCUUGUUUGCGAAGAAUUCAUUUGGUUGUAACGGCGAUAAGAGAAUUCCUGCAAGCUCUUGAUACGUACAAGAAGAGUACACAUCUGACAAAGGAGGACAAAGAGAAGCUUAAACUGCUGCAGAUUCAGAUAAGCUGCACGGAGGAUUUACGAUGCCUGUUUGUGUUGUUGCUUCGAUGCUACAACCCAAACAUACAAAGCCGCCAGUAUCUGCAGGAUUUAAUAGUGACCAACCAUACGCUUCUGCUGCUGCUCGACGGUGUCCGGGAACUGACCGCAGAUGGCGUCCCGGGAGACAUGCUGGGCCACAUCAAACAGUUCGCUACGGUGGAGAUAAUGCAUCAGUACGGUUUGCUGUUGGAAGAUUUCCGCGAAAAUGGUGCAUUUGUGAAUGAUUGUAUCUUCACGAUGAUGCACCAUGUCGGGGGUGAUUUGGGACAGAUCAAUGUACUGUUUCAACCGAGCAUCCUGAAAACGUACUCCCAGAUAUGGGAAACGGAGUAUGAGCUGUGUGACGAUUGGUCCGAUUUGAUCGAGUACGUCAUUCACAAGUUCAUCAAUACACCCCAACCGGCACCACUGACACUAUCGACAACUCUGCCCGAUAUUGGCACCCAACUUCUGUCGAGCAAUCUGCUCGUAACCUGGACACAGGAGGAAAAGGACUCGCUGCACUGGUACUAUGUGCAGUGCCGUCAAAGCAAAUGCGUCGUGGCCGACAUUCUGAAGCUGUUCCAGGAAAAUGGUAAUCAGCAGAAAACGCGCCUCUCCAUCAUCGAGCAACUGCUGGAGCAGAACAUCAUCACGCUCAUCCAGUACGACGAUCUGAUGAAGGUGGAAAAUCCGGACUACGAGCGUAAUGUGCAGACACCGGCCCUGUCGGUUGCAUCGGCCGACUCACCCAAACCGGAGGACGGUGACUCGAAGUCAUCGUCCAAGGCGGUAGACGAUAUACAGGUGUUGCGCGAUCGUCUCCAGAAGGAAAACCGUGGCAAACUGAUCGCUUGGUUGCAGAAAAGUUUGCUCGAUUGUUGCUUCGUGAAGUUGAAUCUGCUGAGCGGUAACGUUUACGUGACGGCAGGAAUCGGUGGCAACAUGGGUGUGGUCGUCAUGGAACCAGUGUCCUACCAUUGCAUCUUGAAAAAGAAAUCCAUCCCGGUUGUGCCAUGGAACCAGGAUCAGUUUGCGAUACUGUCCUACCAACCGUUUAUACUGCUGCUUCACAAGCUUGGCUUCCAUCUGCCGGCCGAUGCGAAGAAAAUGUUUGUCCGGAUCCCAGAAUUCUGGACUGCGGACAUUCUGUACAACAUCGCGCUCAAACUUGGUCCGCUGGAUAAAUCAAUUCUUAAGUUCGAUCUCAAGUACCUCAACAAGGUGCUAUCGAUGGAGAAACAAGCUAAGGCCGACCCUUGCCCGCCGAACGAUGCUCGGUUAGAGAACUUUGGAUUAUCAAGAUUCAGCCCUCAAAUCACUACUAACUGGCUCGACGUAGUGAUGCGCAAUAAGGCAGUACAGAGCAAGCGCAAACUGGAUCUGCCCGGCCCGUCAAAGGUUAUCGAUACGGCCAACGCUACCCAUCCGAGUGCAACGUUGAAGACGGGUGGAAAACCGGCCGCCCAGACGAAAAUGCUGCACGACCUUUCAAUCAUCGUCGAGUCGAACGAUGACGAUGAUGACGAGCUGCCGGCGGAUGAGGACGAUGGUUUGGAUAGCUCGGAGGUGCCGGUACUGGAGGAGCACGAUGUCGUCAGUGCCUGUGAAACUGCUUCGGUCGCUUCAGACCUAACACGCAUGUACGUAAGCGACGAAGACGACAAGCACGACAUUGUGCCACCGAUUUUGUAAUACAAUUCAACCAGUAAAAGUGUAAGGCAACAGUUGCAUCGGAAGAAGUUCAUCGACGGUCAAGUCAUUUAGCAUCUAGUACACACCAUUUCCCGCCUUGUUGUCUGUUACUGUCGGAUGUUUUGUGAUUUUUUUUUGAGUUACCUAGUUAAGCAUAAGUGGAAAAAUUCUUUCCCGCAGCAUCCGAGUGUGUCUUAUUCAACGCACACACACACACAUAGUUAUUAUCAAUUAAUUCAUUUGAUUCCUAGAAGCCAAUUAACUCUCGUUCAUCCAAAGUAGCGAUCCAAUAACCCAAUUCCAGGAAUGUCAAACCAAAGCGUGAAGCAAAAAUAAAUCCGACAGCUAAAUAAUUAAUACCAAAUAGAUCGCCUGCAAAUAGAGCUUCAAUGUUGAGUGUUUGUUCGCAGUUAGUAAGAUUAACAUGCAAUGCAUAUGCAUUCCAUUAUUUAGUAAACUUGCAUACUGAGGACACUGGAGAUAUUGGAUCGAUUGAACGAAAUCAGUGUCCUAUGUCUGUUUGCUCUUUUCUAGAGCAAAUGGAAGUAAAAUAGAUGUAAAAAAACACACACACAUUCUUUGCGUGUGCGGACAUACAUACAGAUGUACUAUCUUCAUGUUGAUCACUGUUGCUCUCGAUUGGCUGUAAAAUUUCAACGGGGAAACAAAGAUGGACACUCGCAUCCGUUCUGGGUGUUUGGGGAUGCGUAGGACAACAAAUCGUCUAACGAUACACCGAAGUAAAUGAUGGUUAAAAUUAAGUGUGACGAGAAGUUAACGGGCCACAAGUUUGAGGGGUUUAACCAGGAACAAGAGGUUUAUAAGGUUAUUAAUUGCGUAUAAGGGAUAGUGUUAUUUUUAGGAAGUAUGCAAAACUGCAUACUGAACCUUCACAUCUAAAUGCAUUGACGUUUUAUGUCAUGUUGUUUUUUCGUUUGGUUUUUUGUUUGAUUAUUGUUUCAACAUGCCGAACCUGGGCGCGUCCGUGAUGUUUUUGCCGGCCAAAGCCAAGUAGGUAAAGGCAUUUAGAAAGACUGUAUACGAACCAGGAACCAAUCAAAGUGCUACUUGAUAAACAUUCGCAACGGUACAAAUCGUUACAAAGCGCUAGGGCGAAGGUAUGUGUACAGCAGUGUGAAGAAGAAUAGGCAGAGGUAUUGUUUUUACUAGAGAAAAAAAACUGUGGCAGAGUAAUUGUAGAACUGGCCGGUGUCGAGUGAGAGGAACGCUGUAAGCGUAAAGGCAAAAAAGUCUUUUGGUAAAGCAUCCGCAAAACGGAAUCGCUUCUCAGAGGCUGUGUAUGAAACAGAGAAUCAAACAAAAAAACAGGAAAGUAAAAUUAAAUUAGAGCUUUUACUAGUGCACGUUUGCAUGUGGAGACCAUGUGCAUUAAAUAGUUUAUGUACAACAGGUUAAAAACUUUAAGAAGAAUAAAUGUAGCUAUUUGUGGAAGCAAA